AUGGAACAAAACUAUGUGCUGCCAAACUGGCGUCGAAUUGCGGCACGCGGCCUGUAUUACGUUAAGAUAGGGAACGCCAAGCCCAACACGCGUGCGCACGCUACAGCCGGCCCUUACCGGCAAAGUAAGCAGGUUCAAAUUAAUUAUACGUACUUGUUAUACCAGCUUGUUGAGAUAGAUCAGGCUUCAAACCAGGUCUCUGCCGCGUUACCUCUAGUUCGGCUCGUCCCUCAGGGAUUUGACGAGGCUGUGCGGGGCAUGGCUGUGGGGCAGACGACUGUCCUUGAGGCUUCUGGUGGAGAGUGGAGGCGGGAGCUGCUGUUCGCAGUGCCCAGGGAUCACCCGGAGGUUCAACGGCUGGAGGGACGAUACAAAAACCAAGGGGGCAUUGCACCAGGGCUUGUGGUGGAGCUCGCAAAUGGAGCUAUGGCGGUCAUUUUGGAGGUGAAUGAUGCGGAAGUCAAGCUGGACGCCAAUAACAUGCUCGCGGGCAAGACCUUCACAAUCGAGUUGGAACUGCUAUCAAUUGACACUCCGGCGUCUUCGGACGGGUAG